AGAUUCAGGUUUGGUAGGUUUUCUAGUUUAGUAUCUUCUUCAAAUAAGAGAGAGCACCCAAGAUCUUCAUCAAGGACAAGAACGAACAACCGAUCGUGGGAGUGACCGUCCAUCUCUAAAGUGGAGGGUGGAGAUUCUUGAACUUUUUAGAAUGUGAUUUGCUCACCACAUGACCCGUCGUCGGUUCAUUGUGUUUUCCCUCGCAGCCGCAGCGCAGGGUGGAGGCAGCCGGUUUUCGCCCCCUCGUCAACCGGUAUUCUCCGGUGACUAUAAAAUCCCUGGUUUUGAACUCCGAGUCCUAAUUUUUUGAAUUCGCGUCUACUCGCUGAGGAAGAAGCAGCGGCAAAAGUCUCAAUCUAGGGUUCCCUGCACACACAAACUCUCUCUCUCGCUGUCCAGCAUGGGAGGUUCUCAGAGUCGGGAGGGAAAUCUCUGCGAUUCAGAAGACGAGGAGGAAGAAGAAGAGGAGGAGGAAGAAGUGCAGACGGAAGAGGAGGAGGAAGAGGGCAGGGAACAACGAACUCCUGCUUCCUUCAGAACCCCAAACCCUAAUUCGCCGCCGCCUUCGUCCCUGGACGAGAUCAACGCCACUCUCAAGGCCCUUCAGCUCAAGUACGCCAACGUGCCCUCAGUCAAGAACGCCGUGAAGCUCUACUUGCACAUCGGAGGGAACACCUCCAAUGCCAAAUGGGUCAUCUCCGAGAAGCUCACUACGUACGAGUUCGUAGACGAGAACGAAAAUGGGGGAGAGGGGCACGUCAAGGUCAAGGGCAAGCCCAAGUUCCAGCGGAGGUGGCUCCUGAAGGUGGGUUCGAAGGUCCGAGGGCUGGUGUCGCCGUCGAUGCAGAUGAAGAUGUUUGACGACCAGAGGCGCGUUGAUUUCGUCUGUGACGGCGUCUGGGCGCUCAAGUUCUUCACGCCAGAGGACUACAAAGUCUUCCUUGCGGAGUUUCAGAACUGUUUGUUUGAAAACCUGUACGAGACAGAGGCGUCGAACAAGGAGGAUGUGUAUGGCAAGGACUUCAAAGGCUGGUUUGACCCGAAGGAGGCAGACGAUUCGAUGUGGGAGGAUGCUGAAGAGAGCUUCAAGGAGGCUUAUACUCCGGUGAGAGACAGGCACGAUCUCUUGGAAGAGUUGGAAGAGGCCGCAAAUGGUGGGAUUCAGGGUAUCGCAAUGGGUGCGCUCGACUACAGCUUUUUGGUUAGUGAUUCGGGCAUUGAAGCCGUGAAGAACUUGAGCCACGGCAUUCAUGGGAAAGGGGUCUCCGUGAAAUUCAACAAUGGCAAGAGUAGGUUUGGUGGGUUGGACUCUCCUUCUUCCUUUGAAACCCCUAAGAAGGCUUUGUUGAUGAGGGCGGAGACCAAUAUGCUUCUAAUGAGUCCGGCCGCCGAAGGGAGACCACAUGCAACCGGGCUUCAUCAAUUGGAUAUAGAGACAGGGAAGGUAGUCACGGAAUGGAAGUUUGCGAAGGAUAAUACCCAGAUAACAAUGCGAGAUAUAACGAAUGACAGCAAGGGCGCGCAAUUAGAUCCAUCCGGAUCGACGUUCUUGGGGCUAGACGAUAGGAGGCUCUGCAGGUGGGAUAUGCGUGAUCGGAAAGGGGUGGUGCAAGAGCUGGAUGGGCCUGUUCUAAACUGGGCAGAUGGGCAUCAAUUUGCUAGUAACACCAAAUUCCUGUGUUUUGCUACAACUGGUGAUGGCUGCAUUGUGGUUGGUUCGGCAGAUGGGAAGAUCCGUCUGUACUCUGACCGCUCAAUGAGGAUGGCGAAGACGGCAUUUCCAGGGCUCGGAUCUCCGAUAACUCAUGUCGACGUGACUUACGAUGGCAAGUGGAUAUUAGGAACAACAGAUACUUACUUGAUUCUCAUUUGCACAUUGUUCACUGACAAAGACGGAAAGACCAAAACGGGCUUCACUGGCCGUAUGGGUAACAAAAUUGCUGCUCCACGGUUGCUAAAACUGACGCCGCUGGAUUCAAAUUUGGCUGGCCAGAAUAACAAGUUCCAUGGAGGCCAGUUCUCCUGGGUCACAGAGGGCGGAAAACAAGAACGGCAUCUUGUUGCAAGUGUUGGCAAAUUCAGUGUUAUAUGGAACUUCCAUCAGGUGAAGAACAGUUCGCAUGAGUGUUACCGUAACCAAGAAGGCCUAAAAAGCUGCUAUUGCUACAAGAUUGUUCUCAAGGAUCAAUCAAUUGUAGAAAGUCGCUUCAUGCAUGACAAGUUUGCUGUAACUAAUUCUCCAGAAGCUCCACUUGUAGUUGCCACACCAUUGAAAGUUAGUUCUUUCAGCAUUUCAAAUAGAAGAUGAUUCAUUGGAUGGUGAAUCUUCUUCAUGCAUUUUCAAGUUCAGGCUAGCAAUGAUAUCCACAGCAUGCAUUGGAACUCAUGAUUCUAAAUUCUGGAUGUAUUUGUUUAGAAGUUUGUAUGUUUCCCCUUUGAAAGACAGUUUUUUUUGUUUUUGUUUAAUUUGUGAAUGUUGUGUUUUUGUAAAAGAUUGUGCUUCAAAUUUGCAUGUUAUAUGUUUGUUCCGUGUA